CAGGGAUUAGGGUGUACAGGACCAUCUUAGAACCAAGAUGUCUGCUUUGUUCAUGAAGAGCAGCAUGGUGGGCAAGGGGCGCUCUUUAAACUUUACUAUGUCUGAGAAACUGGACCUGCUCCGCCUGAUUCAGCCACAUAUCCGCAUUUUGGAAGAGCAUGCAAACAGACAUGCAGUCAUUGUGGACAAGAACCGGUGCUGGGAGAGCAUAACCGAGCGCUACAACAACCUGGGAGGAGAGAGGCCCCCCCGGACAGUCCAGGGGCUCCGGACCCUUUACAAACGACUCAAAGAGAGCGCCAAACAAGAACUGGUCCAGCGGAGCCAGGACCCGGCGGAGAAUCGGGGCAGCAUCUCAGAACCAACCAAACGCAUUAUGGAGAUGAUUCCACAGCUAUUUUAUGCAGGGGACAAAGAGCAAAGCACGCUCCAUAGGUUGCAAAAUACUAUGAACUCUCCAGUCGAGACACCCAGCAGCAGUUCGACUCUUCCUGCCAUGCCUGAUUACACACCUGCACCCAGAGCGGUGAGAGUGGAGUCAGAGGAUGUCAAACCUCCACCUGAUCUUCAAAUUGUAGCCCCACAUGAUUUACCUGUUAUAUUAACAACAUCACACAGUGAGGAUCCCAGCGCACAGACUGAGAAUGAAGUUGAGGAGGAUGAAGAGGAAGAGGAAGAAGAACUCAUUUCUAAUGUUUACACACCCUCCCUGUCACCUUGCCCCUCCUCUGUACAUCUCCCUCCAACACCUUCAGCUCCCGUGUCCAGACACAGCCUGUACGACAGGGGCGGUGUUUUGUUUAGAAACCCUGCCCUGGAGGCGGAGUCUUUGCAGAUGAUGCGAGAGGAGCAUGAACUUUUACUGGCCAAUCACAGGAAGCUUGGACAAUAUUUAGAUGAGAAACGAGAGGGGCUGAAAAGAAAGCAACGGUUGGAGGAGGAGCUCUUGAGGUCAAAGGUCAAAGUUGAGAAACUGAGGGCUGCACGGCUACGCCAUGGUCUGAACCUAAUGUAGCAAACACACAAAAGGCUGUGUAAAGACAGCGACACUACUGACUACCGAUGUAGUAACCAUUUUAUUAGACUUAUUCUGUCUAUAGAAGAAGGAAAUAUCUUAACUGUCUGUAAAUUCAGACAUCGUUGUAUUUUGUUGCAAUAAUAAUGAGGUACAUUGUUUGGUGCUGUAGUCAUGUUAUUUUUAGAAUAAUCCUUUACAACUGCUUCACAUUACAUAGGAUACUCAAAUGCAAAUACAUUCUGUGCCAAAUGACUCCUUUAUAGCUUUUUAAAGAAGACUUGUUCUGUAAACCAGCACUGGACACAUGACAGCUAAACAAAAGCACAGACUUUCCUGCUACACUGUUCCUCUGUCUUCACCACUCCUCUCU